GCAUGUCCUCCUCCGAUGCAGCAGCGUCUUGCAGAUGAAGCAGGGGGAGAGAGAGGAUCGACAGGACUCGAACACAUCACAUGCGGGAACACCAACAACUCACAUAUGCUCCAUUCACGGGAGCAUUGUCUGGCGCCACCCUUCAACAUGCAUCUUUGCUUUGUGUGAAACUUUUUUAUAAUUCUCGCUCGGAGUUCGGGAGGGCAUUUUGGUCUUUCAUUUCAUUCGUCUCGUUCUGUUUUCUGAUUCCAACCGCUGUUGGUAUCACGCCCAUAUAUCAAAAAAGUCCUUCAUUUCGACCAUUCAUUCAUUUGGUUUUUGGGGCGUUCGUCGACACCAUCUACUCGCUCUAUUAUUCGAUUCGCUCAUUAGACAUACAGGUUUGCAUUAGCUUGGCGUUGGCUUUUUUCUUUUGCUUUGUUUUUCUUUUUUUCUUCUUGUUUUAUUCUAUCUGCCGGUUCCACUGAUUCGACUCGACUGUUUAAUAUCGCCGGCAGCGUACAUACAAGCAUACAUCCAUAUGUCCGGCAUUAUCGUUCUCCUAGCUCCAACCAGAAUGAUCUACUCAUUCAAUUGAUCCUAUUAUUACUACUAUUAUUUUAUCAUUGUACCUUUUAUAUGCUUAUGUCUACCUUGUG